UGUGCGACACUCGUCGAAUAAACACAAUAUUUCCUUUCUGUUGACUGACUCAAACAUAUACAUCGGCGCACAAAUUAAAAUUGCCAGAAGAAAGAGAAAGAAAAAAAUCAAACGUAUAAUCUAUAUAUAUAUAUAUAUAUAAAGAAGAAAAUAUUGUGAUCAAUGUAAAAAUUAUUGUGCGAAUCGAGGCAUAGAAAUGGGAAAGAGGCCAAAAUCAGCAUCGUCUCCCUGAAUUCCGACUAUUGAAACGCAAUCAAUACAGAACCAUUUUAUUGAAUCGAAAUCGUGAAUACGAUGUCAAAGUGUGAUAAAUAACAAUAUUUAUGGCAAGAGCAAGAAUGAGAACGAGAGACAGAGCGAGAGAUAUAAAUAAGUGCGUGCAUAAAAAAGAUUCAUCUGUGCAACAAACACACAAACAUUGAAGCGAGUAAGAUAGAGAGAGAGUGUGAAAGAAAGAAAAAAAAAACGUAUUGUGAACCAGUGAUCUGAGCGGCUGAUUGAUAUCCUUGUCGCCGAUUUCCAAUUAAAAAGAUGAAUUUUCGGUUUUGUUGUUAUUUAAAAUAAAUGUUCCAUUUCUACACACUUUAUCAUCAACAUCUCUGUGGCUCGCUUCUUCUCAUUUUUUUUUUUGGGCAAUUGUUCGCAUUGGCUGGCGUAGAGUGAGCGUGUGUCGUUGAUGCGCGAGUAAAAGUGGAUGUGAGUGUGUCUAUGUAUGUAUGUGUGUAACAAAGAGCAUAAACGAAACGGGUGCGCGAGUUUGAUUACAUUUGCUUCUUCUUUUUCAAUAUUUUCUCUGUGUUUUUUUUUCACUCCUUCGUUUAUUGUCGUAUACAUAUUCAUGUACUUGUGUGUACAUGGCAAUGCGUUUUGUGUCGUUGGCUCUUAAUUCUCAAUUAGAUUUCAUAUUGCUAUAAAUCUGAACCGUGUUGAAUAAAAAAAAAAACGAAACGAACAAGAGAACUAAAGGUGAAAAGCAAAAAACAAAAUUAGAGCUGCACUGAUUCACAGCAGAAGUUCGAUACCACAAAAGAAAUAGCUUAAAAGCAAAAAAUCAAAAACAACAUUUCAUGUUUGUUUGUGCGUGUUUUCUGAUGGCAGCGGACAUUUAUUUGCAACACUCUGCUCGUAAUCACAAAAAUGUGUGUCUGAUCGAAGCUGGCCAAGAGCAUCGUACGCGCGCACACAAACAAACACAAAUGCAAGCAAUCUGAUUACGUUGUGGCUGAAAUGAAAAAUGACAUGAAAUCAUACACACUCACACACACAAUAUAGCACACUGUAAACAACAACCCCUGCCCGAAAUAGAAAAAAUAAACAAACACGCACACACAGUGUGUGCUGAAGAACCUGGACACUACAGUGUGUGUGACAGAGUGAGUGAGUUAGAGACAGAGGGAGAGUGAAACAAAGUAUCAUCAAAAGUAGUGGUAAUAAUUGUGAACGACUAUAGUUAACAUACAGUACUAGUGUGAUAUUAUUUGCUGAUUGCAUUGGUAGUUUGCGCGUUGCGUCGUGCAAUGCCAAUUAAAGAGAACGCAUAAGCCAAAGGCGAAAAACAGCAGAAAGAGAAAGAGAGUGAAGAGAAAAGAAGAAAAAAUAAAAACACACACACACACAAGACAUUGCCAACAUUGACACCAAACGAGAGUAAAAUGCUACAUUGCAAUCGAGAACGGUGGACGUCGAUUUAAAAGUUCAUUCUUGAAUUUCGCUGACAGUGCAUCAUCUACGGAAAGUACUGCUACAGAGAGAGAGAGAGAGAGAGAGAGAGAGAGAGAGAAACCAGCUGAGCAACAAUACACACCCACACAAACAUCACGGGUGAAAGAGAAAGAUAGAGAGAAAAUAAAAUUAAUAAAAGAAAAACGCAAACUCAAUCGAAAUCAAUCGGAAUCGACAUGACAUAGUGUGAAAUCUUUUAUCUCACCCGUCUACAAAAAUAAAUGCUGUCCUUUUGUGUGUGCAAUAUUAUAUCACAUUAUCGUUGUCAUCAACAAUAUCACAUACAAUUCGAUUUCGAUCCGAGCAAUUUGUGAUCUGUGCAAUCGUAACACAAAAAUUUGUAAAGAGUUGUUUGUUAUCAACAUUCGGUCGGAAUAUGUUGUGUUCUAUGUGUGUUGUUUUAUCUACAUUUAGAUCAUCAAUGCAAAAAAACAACACGAAAUAACAUUGACUAAAAAAGUAAAGAAAAAAAAUUAAUUAACAAUAAACAAACGAAGAAAUCUUGGAAACAAAACAAAAACCAAGUAACCAAAGUUUGAAAUAAAAAAAAAAAAAAGAAUUCAUCAACAACAACUAAAAAAAAUGUCGAAGGUAUUAGCAGAGAAACCGACACGGUUGGAGCGUCUAACCAACAUGAAUAAACCAGUUCCAAUGAAAUUGUUCGCUGCGUGGGAAGUGGAUAGGACACCAUCAGAUUGUAUACCAAGAUUAUGUUCGCUGUCGAUAACACGACUUACACUUAUGAUGCCAUUACCUCCGGAUCUAACGUCAUUAUCGUUGGCUGUAAAAAUGCAAAGCUCAAAACGCACAUUAAGGUCUCACGAAAUACCAGUGCCACAGACAUUUCUUACGGGUAGCAAUAGCGUUGGAUUUGGCGGUUUGACUGGUGGCAGUGCGCCAUCAUCGUUGGCUGCAUGUAAUGUGAACAACACAUCGUUUGGCAGCAUUGGCGGUAGCGGCGCGACGUCAUUCUUUGAAACUGAUCUAGAUUUACAUUUUAGCCUACAAUAUCCACAUUUUAUCAAACGCGAUGGAAACAGACUGCAGAUACUGUUGCAAAGGCGUAAAAAAUAUAAAAGUCGAACAAUAUUAGGCUAUAAAACGUUAGCGGAAGGCAUCAUUCGAAUGGAUGCGGUUUUACAAAAAUCAAUGGAUAUGACUGUUGAGCUAACCGCAAGCGGCAAAUCUGGGCGUCAAGGAUGCACCGUUGCCACAUUACGAGCGGAUCGCGUUUCAUCAAUACCCGUGGAUCAUGACAAUAAAAAUAAUAAUAGCGUUGUUUUAGCAGACCGUGUUAACGAAUUUUCCGAUGAAGACGAAGAGAUUGAAUUUAGCUCGGGCGAAUACGAUCCGAACAACAUGGGUGGCAAUGGGAGCGGAAAUGGGCCAGGCGUCAGCGGUGAUCAUCUUACCGGUUAUGAUGCAAAACGAGGCUAUGCAAUGAAACGUGACCUACGCAAAUACAGAAAAAUCGACCGAGCCGAAAAUGAUGGUGAGGUCGAUGACGGUGCGCUUGGUGCUAAUCCAGCUGAUAGUGACAGUGAAUUUGAGAAUUUGAAAGUCAAAGGCUCGUCCCGAGCCAAAAUCAGCCACCAAAGAAAUUUCAAGCAGAAAAUCAUUGCUUUGUUGAAGCGAUUCAAAGUGCCAGAUGAAUUGGAAGGAGGUGGUUCUCGUGGGCCGGGCGCGUUGCGAGGCGAACGAGAAUUGGACGCAUUAUUCCACGAAUUGGAUUCGUUGUCAUGCUGUGAGGGUGAUGAUUCGGGACCGGAUAUGGAUAGUUUGUCGGUUGGAUCCACUCCAAAACCAUCGUUGCGACCAUUUUUCACGAAUUCAAAAAACAUGUUACACGAAAAUCUAAUGGGCAUUAAUCACCGACACACGACCGAAAAAUAUGAUGGACUUGCCGAAAAGAAAAGUGCUAAUUCAAUCACAUCAGAAAAAGGCGAUUGGAAGAAUGAUAGUUCGGGCAAUGAAGGUGCCGCUGGUACCGAUCCAGAAGCACAAAAUUCAGAUCCAUCGCAGCAACAGCAGCAAUCGGCCAAUGCAACUCAUAGUCCACCACGUGAAAAGGAAACCGUAACCGAACGACGAAGUAAGCUUUUUCGUGCGACUAGCAAUACACCGAAUAGUAAGAAGAAACAGUCGCUCAGCCUGACGGCCGAUCAACAAGCCACCACACUUAAGUCAGUAUUAGAUUCAUGUUUGUCGCCGACAAAUGUUGAACCACGCAAAUCACUGUUGGAUCAAUUGAUCCGAACAUUUUCAACGGAAGAAGCCGUUCUACCGGAUGUUUUGUCCAUCUUUGGUCCACCCGAAUCACAUGGCACCGUAUUGAUGCAACGUUUGGCGCCAUUGCUAUCGGUUUCAUUGCGACCAACAUUUUCACCACAGAAUACGGCCGAAGUUCGGGCAGUUUUGCAAGCACUUAUGAAUAAAAUUCAUAAAUAUUGCAAUUCAACGGCAAAACCACCAACCACCAUCAAAGUUCUUCUGGUCGGCGGCGAUUGGCUACAAGGAGCGGUAUUGCGGCACUAUGUUGAUUUGCUUGGCGUACGUCCUCCUGAUUGGGUCAAUCACAUUCGUUUUUAUAUUGUUCCGUUGUGUUCUAGUUCCAUAUCAAGAUAUUUAAGCGCAAUCGAUAGUUCGUAUGCAUCGAUGUUUGGCAACGAUGGUUGGGCGCAGCUAUGCGAAUCUGCCGCAUCUGUGGACCCAGUUCAAUCGAAGCCGGAAAUUCAAGAGAUUGUUAAUCGAAUCCAACGAUAUUUACACACAGCCGGCCCAUGCACACAAAUUCCCAUUGCCGAGGCAAUGGUUAAUUACAAAGAUGAGGAUUCAUGUCAAAUUUUCGUACCGUUCGUUAGUGAUGUAAAAUUGGGCUCAACGGAAUCGCAUCAAUUGUCUGUUGAUUUGGAUGAGAGUUUGAUUUCGGGCCUGUUGCUGCAAUCACAGCAAACGAGUGGCAAUAGUUUGUUGUCGGGAUCGUCACCGCCACACAGUGGUCGUACAUCACCGCCCGUAACACCAUCAUCCGCUCAAACAUUGCACCAUCAACAUUCGUACCAGCAAAUUGUGUUGCCGCCGCCGCAACAACAGCAACAGCAAACGCAAUCAUUUCAAUUACAAUCACAGCAGGAGCCAAUGGAAUUGCAGCUUGAAUACUGGCCUAUCAAAUCGCCCAUUGACAAAGACAAAAGCUUGGCUAAAGGUUUCGAUCAGGGAAAAUGCAGCAUUAAGGGCACAUUUAGAAAUUUACAGGUGUGCCGACUACCGUUGAAUCCACAAUCAGGCGAAGUCUCCCAGGGACUGGUUGUCAACUAUGCGACCAAGGAGAAGAAACAGAAAAUCAUGAGAUUGGGAAAGAAGAAGGAGAAGGACCGUGAUCAAGAGAAAGAGCAAUUUGUUGAUGGUGUAGCGCGGCUCAUCUGCAGUCCGAAUCCAAAGCAAUCACAUCCAAUUCCAUUGAGAGUUUAUAUCGAUGGAACUGAAUGGACUGGCGUGAAAUUCUUUCAAUUAUCAUCACAAUGGCAGACGCAUGUAAAAAAUUUCCCAGUCGGUCUCAUUGGCGCUCAAUUGACACCAUCAGAUUUAUCCUAGUCAUUUUUAAAUCGAUAAAGCUGUAAUAUCUGAAAUUUUGAAUUUGAAAAUCAAGCAAAAGAAGCAGAAAAACAAAAAUCCAAUAACUAUACUAAUUAGAUGUUAAUUUAAUGUGAAAGAAGAAGAGAAAAAAAAAUCAAAUGCAACAAUUACAACGCAAUGGUCAAUACUAAUUAUUGAGAUGGAAACAUAUAUGAAAGGGCGCAUAAUUCAUUGCAGAACAUGAGGCAAUGAAUUCAGAACAAAAAACAUAAUAAACACCUUUGUAUUUGUAUAAUUUGUAUGUAUGUAUAAUAUGUAAAACAUUAAGAAAUUGUUCUCUGUGUUUGAAUUACUAAUUUUUAUUUCCUAGUUCAGAAUUUGUUUUUCUUCUGUGACAACAGACCCCAAGUGAAGCUGUGGAACUGAACUGUAGAAUGAAGCAGAAACAACAGACAAACGAAAUCUCGAAUGAAAAGAUGAAAUUUGAAGAAAAAAAUCAUGCGACAUUUAUGUCUGUUGGUUUUUGCUUUUGUUCUUUAUUUUAAUUUGACCAAAAUGUUAAAUAGAAAUUGAAUGUCAUUUCUUCCUAUCCGCCCCAUUCCAAAUUAUUUUUUUUUACUGCAUCAAAGGGUGACGCUCAACUCGUUUGCAUAUAAUGUUGUUUCAUUUGAAUGGGCUACGCCCCACAGACAAAAAAAUAUAUGGUCAAAUCAAAACGUGUUCAGUUCAGUUAAAUAAAAAAAAAAAUGAUCCAAAGAAAACAAAGUUUUAGCAAGAAUUAGCAAGUAAGUUAAAGGAAUUCUGUUGUAACGUAUAUUAAACCUAUGUGGCAUAACCUAUGGCAAAUAUUAUUGUGUUUGUGUUUUUUCAAUUUGAAUCUUCUUGACAACACAUUACUAUUAAACGAAUCAUAUGCAUCACAACACUUGCAAACAGUUACGAGAUUGCUGUAUUCAUACAACAACAACAACAACAACAGAAAAACAAACAUGAGAAUAAUAAUCAUAAUAAUUACCAAUUGCUAAUGCGUAUCGAUAUUAUUAGGGCAUGAUUAAAUAAAAAAAACAGCAAGUUAUAUUUUUUUGUAAAAAGUAAAUUUUCAUGGUUCGCGCGAUGAUGAUGAUGAAUGGCCGAAAGUUAAAUGCGAAAAAAAUAUGCACAGAUCGGCACAUAGUAAACAUACGUAUGUGACAUUAAUACUUAGAUUUGUUUUCCAAUUGAUUAAUCGACAAUAGUAUUCAAUCUCUGGCAAACCAUCUGUGUUUAUUCAGACUUUAAAGAUUUUUUUUAUUGUAUAAAUUGAUCGAUUUAUCAAUUAUGCCGAUAUAUCUAGCUGUAAAUGAUGCAAUAUUGCAUUUUUCGCGGGAAGAAAGAGAAAGAAAGGGAAAAAAACAAUCCGAAUAACCAUUACAACCAUAAAGCUGCUAGUCGUUUGAUAAUGAUUUAAUUAAUUUUAUUAGAUUUUUUUUUCGUUCUAAUUUGUAAUUGAGCAACAUCUCAUUUGGGUCAUGUUUUCCUAAAAUGCAAAAAUGUUCCAUUUUUUUUCUUCAAACUACGGAUUUAUUUACAAGCUAAACUCGAAUGAAUACACAAAAAAAAAUCAAGAAAAUAAAAUCAACAAUUGGUUAGAAUAAAAAUUUAAUUUUUUUGACUGAGACGAAUAGAUUAGAGAAUUUUAUUGUGAAGUAAAUAAUGUAAUUAAUUCGAAUUAAGGGAAUAGCUCUCCGAUUUAUCGCAUUGUUGCGUUUCUUAUUGGUGUCUCGAUGCGAUAGAAAUGAUAUUGUAAAAUUUUUUAAGGAAGGACAAACAAAAAUCAACCAACAACAAAAAAUAAGAAAGCAAAUUCCAACCGUUUUUCUUGCAAACGAAUGAGAGAAUGAGAAUCAAUUAAAAAAAAAUGGAAUGAAUUGGGAAAAAAAAUA